GGCCAGCCGCCAGCGCCUGAGUGCUAGCCCCCCGAAGGAUAUUCUCCGACGGCCGACGGGGGUGCUCCUCCUCUCUGUCCCUUCCCUGUCCCCAGGUCCCUCCAGCCGGCGCGGCUGACUUUGCAAGGGCGAACCUGGGCCUGGGGGGCAGGGUCUCCCCCAGAUCCGGGCUUCCUUCCAGCUUCCUCCGUGCCACGGCUACAUAUUAGUUUGAAAUGCACCACAGCAACUAGGAAACAUGAGAACAGGUUCAGAGAUGCACCACCACAGCAGAAAGAAUGCAGCUUGCACCUCUUCUUGUUGAACAGGCCAGGAAUGCUGUUUACGUGCUUCUCGAAUUGCAACUUAAUGUCUCGACUCAUCUGUGCAUUUCAUGGUUAUUCUCAGUUCUCAGUCUGUGAGCAUUUUUCUUGCUCCUGAAGCCUGAAGGAUCGCUUUCUUGAAGAAGAUAUUUUUCUUUUCCUGACUCGGCUCAUGUGAGUGUGGUCCCAGCUGGUGGUGGUAACACGCGAGCCCAGUACAGAUAUAAUAUUUCCAUGUUCUCUUAGGCGUGUAAACACCAACUUCUUGAUCACCUAACCUUCCACAGCGAGAGUGACAUUUGCUUCUUUAAUGUUACUCCCUCCUAGUUUGCUCUCUCUCUCUCUCUCUCUCUCUCUCUCUCUCUCUCUCUCUCUCUCUCUCUCUCUCUCUCUCUCUCGUCUGUUCUAUUGGUGUAUCCUUUUGGCAUUUUCGAUAGACGUUUCUUCGCCGUUGUGCUCAAUGGCCGACUCUUCGUCUUACAGCCUAAUCCCUGUGAGUGCCCUCAGUUUUCCUAAGUACAUGGUUCAAAGCUUAAUAUAAAUGGUAUUCCGUAUGUGACUGUAUGCUACCAGAGUACCAAUUUUACUCUUGCCACUCUUUUUUUUUGAAAGAAGUCUUGCCACUUUUUCCACUGCUUUUAUUAUUGAUCUCCAGGGCCGUCAGAGUGAAUUAGGCAUGGAGUAUGAUGGCAGAGACACUGGAGCUGAUAAAACUGAGGGAAAGUCUUGGGGCAUUUUCAUCUGUUGGGUUCUUGGAAACGGAUGUUUGUUUGGGUUCAAUGGGAUGCUUACAAUUGAAGAUUACUACACAUACAUCUUCCCGAAGUACCAUCCAACUAGAAUUAUAACUCUCACCUAUCAGCCCUUUGUUCUGGCCACAACCGCCAUAUUUACGUAUCAUGAAGCAAAGGUCAACACUAGGUUGCGGAACUUGGCAGGAUACAUGCUAUUCUUCUUGAGUUCAUUUGGAGUGAUUAUUUUGGAUGUCUUAUCUUCAGGAGGCGGUGGAAUUGUCCCAUUCGUUGGUGUGUGCAUUAUUGCUGCUGCUUUUGGCAUAGCAGACGGCCAUGUUCAAGGUGGGAUGACUGGUGAUCUGUCCCUAAUGUGCCCAGAAUUCGUUCAGUCAUUCUUUGCCGGCUUAGCUGCAUCGGGUGCAAUAACCUCGGCACUGAGGUUCUUCACAAAGGCGGUUUUUGAGAAUUCCAGAGAUGGGCUUCGCAAAGGAGCUAUGUUAUUCUCCUCAAUAUCAUGCUUCUUUGAGCUGCUAUGCGUUCUACUUUAUGCUUUCAUAUUCCCUAAGUUGCCAAUUGUGAAAUUCUACCGUUCAAGAGCGGCGUCUGAGGGGUCCCUGACGGUCACUGCUGACCUAGUUGCUGGAGGCAUCAAAAGUCACUCAAAUCCAUUGGCUGAAGAAGGUCCUACUCACACUGAACGAUUAAGCAAUAAGCAGUUGCUGCACCAGAAUAUGGACUAUGCUCUGGACAUCUUCUUGAUCUAUAUCCUGACACUAUCGAUCUUUCCAGGGUUUUUGGCUGAAGACACUGGGUCACAUAGUUUGGGUUCUUGGUAUGUGCUUGUCUUAAUCGCAAGCUUUAAUGUGUCGGACCUAAUCGGAAGAUACCUGCCUCUGAUUGAGCAAAUCAAGCUGACAUCUAGAAAGGGGCUACUACUCGCAGUCAUCUCAAGGUUCCUGCUCAUCCCUGCGUUCUACUUCACUGCAAAGUAUGGUGAUCAGGGCUGGAUGAUCAUGUUAACGUCCCUUCUUGGAUUGAGCAAUGGACAUCUCACUGUCUGCGUCCUCACUGAGGCCCCCAAAGGCUACAAGGGUCCAGAACAAAAUGCCUUAGGGAACCUGCUGGUACUUUUCCUCUUGGCAGGCAUAUUUGUUGGCGCAGUUUCUGAUUGGUUGUGGCUCAUAGGCAAAGGAUGGUGAAGCCAACUAUUUUUUUUUCCACGGGUCAACCAUGCAAACAACUCGAUCGCAAUUGAUAUCUCGUUUUAGUUGUUGACUAUUUUUUCACGGAGGCUUAGGGUGUCUUAUGGACUGGGCCGUAUCCAAUAUUUGCGAAAAUAAGGCCUCAAAAGAAAUAUUCGCGAAAUUAAUAAAAAUUCAGAUAAGAUA